CAGCGGAGGAGGUGUUCCUGGUAGCCAUCUUGGAUGUGCGGAGUGAUUGUUUGGCGAAAAUAAUUAAUACAAUUUAGAAAAAUAGCGUGAGGACUUGGGAAAAUACGAUUUAAAAGAGUGGGGUCAACUAAUAAAAGAAAAGCUUAAUCGGAAAAUCCAGUGAAAGAAGUAAGGCAUGAAGAAAGCAUCCUAGUCAACAGUCAUGGCUGAUAAAAGGAAACUUCAAGGUGAAAUAGAUCGAUGUUUGAAAAAAGUUACGGAAGGCGUGGAACAGUUUGAAGACAUUUGGCAAAAGCUUCACAAUGCAGCCAAUGCUAACCAGAAGGAGAAGUAUGAAGCCGACCUCAAGAAAGAGAUUAAAAAACUACAGCGUCUUCGAGACCAAAUCAAGACGUGGGUGGCCUCCAACGAGAUCAAAGACAAAAGGCAGCUAGUGGAGAAUCGCAAACUCAUUGAGACGCAAAUGGAGCGGUUCAAGAUCGUGGAACGAGAGACCAAGACAAAGGCUUACUCGAAGGAGGGGCUGGGCCUGGCACAGAAGGUGGACCCGGCCCAAAGGGAGAAGGAGGAGGUCGGCAAUUGGCUAACGAAUACGAUAGACACUCUGAACAUGCAGGUGGAUCAGUUUGAGAGCGAAGUGGAGUCCCUCUCAGUCCAGACUCGAAAGAAGAAGGGAGACAAAGAGAAACAGGACCGCAUCGAAGAGCUGAAACGCUUCAUCGAGAAGCACCGGUACCACAUCCGGAUGCUGGAGACCAUCCUGCGGAUGCUGGACAACGACACCUUGCCGGUGGACUCCAUCCGCAAGAUCAAGGACGACGUGGAGUACUACAUGGACUCGUCGCAGGACCCCGACUUCGAGGAGAACGAGUUCCUCUACGACGACCUGGAUCUGGAGGAGCUCCCUACCUCUCCCUCUGUCUCCCCCCAUCCAUCUCUUGUGUCUCUAGCCGGGUCGCUGGUGGCCACGUCCCCGCCGGGCCAAUCGCUCCUGGACGACGAUCUCUUCCAUCAGAUCUCCAGCGGCACGCCUACCUCCACCACUUCCUCCUCGCCCAUUCCCGCCACGUACACUACGGAGAACUCUGAAGAUGACAAGAAAAGGGGACGUUCGACAGACAGUGAAAUCAGUCAGUCACCUGUCAAGAAUGGCAACCCCUCUUCGUCGUUGUCUUCAUCGUCCUCGUCCUCCUCGUCCUCCUCUUCAUCAUCUGCCUCUGGCGCCUCCUCGGGAGCAGCCUCUUCCUCGCUGGUCUCUAUGGUGACCAUCGCCGGAGGCGGCCAGGCCAACGCUGGGGGCAACAACAACAGCCUUCUGGGCAACAUGGGGGGUCUCCUCUCCAACUCUGGCAGCUACAGCGACGCUACCCAGCAGCAACUUCAGCAGCAUCACCAAACGCAGCAGGCCAGAAACUCAAUCCUCUCCUCCAACGCCUCCUCCAGCCCCUCGAACAACAUCCUUCUCCCCAGCCCCUCCGCCUCCUCGCCCGCCAUCUCUAGCACAGCCCUCACACCCAACACCCAGCCGCAGGCUCCGUCAAGGCCCUCUCCGGGCUCCACCUUGGGGCUCGGGUUGGGCUUGGGCCUUGGUAAAGGCGGCAUGAGUGGGUCACCGGCUGUCAGUCAGAUGUCGGGCCUUGGCCUGUCAGGGAUGCCGGCGUCCUUAAACACCAUGGCCGGACUCCUGGCGGGCUCCACUUCGGCCCCCUACGCCAUGGCAGCAGCAGGCUCCGGGACCAUAGGAAGCCCCCUUGCAGGGAAAAUCAGCAGCCUGAGCACUAGCAGCACUAACUCCAGCGCAGUGGGACCGGUGAGUGGACUCAGCGACAGGUCCACGGGCCUUUUGGGCUCUGUGCCCGGUGCAGUUGGUGUCAGUGGUGGGGGCCUUGGCUCAGGACAGUCGACAGUCCAGGGCCCUCCACUGGUGUCCCCCAGUCCCAUAGGAGGAGGCCUGACCCCUGGAAGCAGCCUGGGAGCUAUAGGAAGCAUUGGAGGGAACUCUGGAUCAGGAGCGCCAAGUAACAGCUUGGGCAUCGGAGGAGGAAGCGCGGCGAUCGCAAGGCCACCCAGUGGACAGAAGCAGAAUGGUAGCACUAGUUACAGUGCUGUAGUAGCAGACAGCACACCAGAUUCUGCCCUCAACAUUGCCAGCCAAUUACAAAGCAGCCAACCCUCGUCUUUGAUCUCCACCACCAAUCAGCUUAAAGACAGUGUCCCCAGCCUUUUAGGGUCCAUGACCCUACCCACCAGCACUCCCUCGCCAUCCUACAUUGAGAGUAAACCUUCAGGCAGCAGUAUGCUCAACGGGCCGCUCUCCUACACACAGGCCUCUGAAAGCAUGAAGCCCCAGGAGCCUCUGAGUACUGUGAAGUCCAUGGCCGAACAAGCGGCACUGGGCUCAGCAAUGGAGGGAGAGUUGCCCCCUCUGCACCUCACCACAGACAUUUUCCCCAGCACUACAGCGCCUCCAGGGCCUCCCUCGGCCCCCCAGCAGCCCUCGCUCUCGGAGGUCAGCAUCCCCCCAUCGCUGGGUGUGUGCCCGCUGGGGCCCGUACCCCUGUCCAAAGACCAGCUGUACCAGCAGGCCAUGCAGGAGUCGGCCUGGACGCACAUGCCCCACCCCUCCGACUCAGAGCGGAUCAGGCAGUACCUGAUGAGGAACCCGUGUCCCACCCUGCCUUUCCACCACCAGGUGCCACCCCCCCACUCCGACUCUGUGGAGUUCUACCAGAGACUGUCCACGGAGACACUGUUCUUCAUAUUCUACUACCUAGAGGGCACCAAGGCCCAGUAUCUGGCAGCCAAGGCCUUGAAGAAGCAGUCGUGGCGGUUCCACACCAAGUACAUGAUGUGGUUCCAGAGGCACGAGGAGCCCAAGACCAUCACAGAUGAGUUUGAGCAGGGGACGUACAUUUACUUCGACUACGAGAAGUGGGGACAACGGAAGAAGGAAGGAUUCACGUUUGAGUACAGGUACCUUGAAGACCGAGACCUCCAGUGACAUAAGGCAGAGAAGGCGAAUAAAAGAAGGGUGGACUACUGUCGACAUUCCUGGAUUGAACUCAACACACUGGGAAGAGGGACGGAUGCAGACGCGAGACUGAGCCAGUCUGAGAACAACAUAAUGCAUUUGGAGCUCCUCCCUCUUUGCCUUGCGACGCCACACCCCUACAGUGAUAAACCCCUCCCUCUUUUCCCAUCAGGCUGUUUUUGAUUUAGAUUGAAGCUUUUAAUCUCUUACCUGAACUGGAUCCUUUUCUUUUUUUUCUUUUUUUUGGCAGAUAAGAAAUCAUGAUUUCAUAUGUUUGGUUGAUAACGCACUCUGUAUUGUUUUUUUCUUCAAAACUCACCUACCACUCAUUGACAACCAAAGAUGAUUGGUCAAAUCCGUCUUAAUUCUCAGCAGUAUGGCAGUCCAAUUUAAUUAAUAAAUAAAUAAAAAUGUUUAAAAAAAAGUGACAAGGCACAGAGAAAGGCCAAUCAAAUGAGCCCUUGGGGGAUGUUGGGUCCGGGGUGGUUCCAAAGCGUUUCACAGCAGUCAGGUCAUCGCUGGGUUGUACACAAGCUAAAGACUAGAUGGAGAAACGGUAGCAUUUCCAUGCUACAAUAAGUGCUUAUUGGGUUGACUCCAUGUUUUAUCCCUAAUGAAUACUCUCUUCAGGGUCACCAGCCCCGCCCUAAUAUUAGACUAAUAGCUGCCUCUUGGGUACACCCAGCAUUGACCACACUGCCAUAAAGACUGCUGUAGUACAACAUGGUAACCAAUUCAUUCUUGUCCCACGUUACAACAUUACGUUUAUAUUGCUGUGGGCAACAAACCACACCAGCACUGAAGUGUCUCGUCUGUAGAGAAAGUUUACAGGUGUUUUUCACCCCAGAGGCGGGCUUUUACAAUAAAACGCAAGACUGCCCUAGUAAUAAACAAGUCAUUAUUUUUGUUCCCGUCACUUUGAUGAUAAUGUACAAAUCAAUUGUGAUUGCACUUCCAAAUUCACUUCAACCACCAGGUAGAUAUUUCCUUUUCUCAGGAAGUGGUUGAAGGAUCAUUAUGUGAGGAAAUAUACCGCGUCAGAAGCUCCAUCAUAGCAGUACAAAAAAACAAACACAAAUCAGACUGACACCUCCUGGCAAUUUUGUUUUGUCUGCCCCAAUAAGGCUUUCUAUUCCCAUUUAAUGGCCAUUUGUUUCAUUUCUAAAAGGCUUUUUAAAAAUGGUAUCCUUCAAUGUUUGGAGUGCAAUCUUAAGUUUGUCAUUUUCAUUUGCCUGUGUCAUCUCAGAGAUGGAAAGCGUUUAAAUUCUAAGGCGUUGAGACCCUUUUAUUUUUUUAAAGAAAACUUGUCGGGGCACCAUUCACUGACAAGCCUGCUGUUUUUAAUGUUAUCUUUACCUAUUGGGUGAGCGGAAGGGAAGUCAUCCAGAGGUGAAAUGUGAAUCUCUCCCCCUCUGAAAGGGUGUUGUAUAGACUGUCACGUUCAUCCUUUCCGUUUUGUCGUUGUCUUCUGGACAGCAUGACACUUGCAAAGUGGAGCUGAGAAAAUUAAGUAAAUAUGAAGCAUAACCAUGAAUAAAGGAUUGUAAAAUAUUAAUAAAAUAAUUACUUUUCAGAA